ACUGAUCAAAAGGUCUCCCCUGCCUAUCAACACCUGGCCACAGGAAACUUUUGAAAUGCAGUCUAGCAACCUGAGAAAAGUGAGAGAAGAGGCUCACACAUGAGCACUUUGCCUGGGGUACUAGUGUCCAGCUGUUUGCUCCAAAAGUGGCUCCAAGGGGCUGAGUGGGAAGCAGGAGGCCAUUAGGACCCAGAAGCUCUUGGAGCAUCCUGCUCCGCCGGCUGCCUCUCACUGCUCACUGCAGUGGUUCAGGCUUCAGCAGCCUUGGAAAAGCAUCAGCUGAGAGGAGAUAUCACAUGGGAGCCAGGAGCUGCUCAGCAAAGACCCUGAGUAUAUGUGGCCACCUCAACUGUGAAAUGAACUUUCUACUAUUCCUGGAGAGAGACAUGUCUCCAGGAACUCAUCCAAAGUCAGGGUGGUCUCCAGUCUUGGAGUCUGAGUUAUCCUUUCCAGAAGAGAGUUCCCUGGCUGGCACACAGAUGACUGAUUGAAUAUUCUUGGAAUGUCUUUUUGAGAAACUGGAAUCUGGAAGAGUGGCAGAGUUAGUAAUGUCCAGAGCUGGGACCAGAAGCCAAACUUGUGCUACUUCUACUUCCCAUCCAAAGAAUACCAGAAAUUGGAAAAGUCACACAGGCAACUUUAAAGCUGGGACACAGUCCCAGAGCUCAGCAAGACCCUGGGAAAAGGGAGACAUAGAAUUUAUAAUCCCUGAAUAGCAGCCCUUGAAAGAGGAGAAGGAUAUGGAGAAUGGAGGAAAGAAAGUGGAAAAAGAGGAGCCAGAGACCACUCACAAGGUGGAAUGCUGCUGAGCAGACAAGGCUCCAUUGCUCUCAUGUCCCUGUUUCUUCCCAGUCACCAAGCCUGACCCUGGAGCCACCUCCUGUCAGAAAGAGCAUGAGAGCUCUGAGCCCAUGGCUAACUAGCCUGGUGCUCUGCCCAUAGAGGACCCCAGCCUUCAAGGGUGGUGAUAAGAGCCUGUCCAAAAGACUCCAGUGGAAGUCCCCCCACGCAUUGGGAAGCCUGGGCCUGGGCUCACCAUCCUAGGGUUGUGGACUAGGAUGGGGGAUGGGCCUGUGACAGGAGGUGCCCUGGGUGUCCUCUUUCAGCCCCAUGGAGUCUUCACCAAUCCUCCAGUCAUCAGGGAACUCUUCCAUUUUGGGGAGGGUUCCUCAAGCUCCAGACCCCUCCACUGCCAGUGGCGUCCCAGAGGUGGGCCUGCGGGACAUAGCUUCAGAAUCCGUGGCCCUGUUCUUCAUGCUCCUGCUGGACUUAACUGCUGUGGCUGGCAAUGCUGCUGUGAUGGCCGUCAUCGCCAAGACUCCUGCCCUCCGAAAAUUUGUCUUUGUCUUCCACCUCUGCCUGGUGGACCUGCUGGCUGCCCUGACCCUUAUGCCCCUGGCCAUGCUCUCCAGCUCUGCCCUCUUUGACCAUGCCCUCUUUGGAGAGGUGGCCUGCCGCCUCUACUUGUUCCUGAGUGUGUGCUUUGUCAGCCUGGCCAUCCUAUCUGUGUCGGCCAUCAAUGUAGAGCGCUAUUAUUACGUGGUUCACCCUAUGCGCUACGAGGUGCGCAUGACACUGGGUUUAGUAGCCUCUGUGCUGGUGGGUGUGUGGGUGAAGGCCCUGGCCAUGGCUUCUGUGCCAGUGUUGGGAAGGAUCUCCUGGGAAGAAGGAGCUCCCAGUGUUCCCCCAGGCUGUUCACUCCAAUGGAGCCAUAGUGCCUACUGCCAGCUUUUUGUUGUGGUCUUUGCCGUCCUUUAUUUUUUGUUGCCCUUGCUCCUUAUCCUUGUGGUCUACUGCAGCAUGUUCCGAGUGGCUCGUGUUGCUGCCAUGCAGCAUGGGCCACUGCCCACAUGGAUGGAGACACCCCGACAGCGCUCUGAGUCUCUCAGUAGCCGAUCCACUAUGGUCACCAGCUCUGGGGCCCCACAGACCACUCCACACCGGACGUUUGGAGGAGGGAAGGCAGCAGUGGUCCUCUUGGCUGUGGGGGGACAGUUCCUGCUCUGUUGGUUGCCCUACUUCUCUUUCCAUCUCUAUGUUGCCCUGAGUGCUCAGCCUAUUUCAACUGGACAGGUGGAGAGUGUGGUGACCUGGAUUGGUUACUUUUGCUUCACUUCUAACCCUUUCUUCUACGGAUGCCUCAACCGGCAGAUCCGGGGGGAACUCAGCAAGCAGUUUGUUUGUUUCUUCAAGACUGCUCCAGAGGAGGAGCUGAGACUGCCUAGCAGAGAGGGCUCCAUUGAGGAGAACUUCCUACAGUUCCUUCAGGGGACAGGCUGUCCUGCAGAGAACUGGGUUUCCAGGCCUCCACCCAGCCCUAAGCAGGAGCCACCUGCUGUUGACUUUCGAAUCCCAGGCCAGAUAGCUGAAGAGACCUCUGAAUUCCUGGAGCAGCAACUCACCAAUGACAUCAUCAUGUCGGACAGCUACCUCCAUCCUGCCCCCUCACCCCGACUGGAGUCAUGAUGGGCUGUUGGACACUUGGAGGGAGACGGAUUUGAGAGACAGUUAUGAUUGCAAAGAGCACCUUGUGGGACCACUUUUUCCAGCUGGCUGGGUCUGGGUCUGGGGUCUCCACACAGCUUUAGCUUAGCAUUGCCUGGGUCAGGACCAGAGCCAACAGGAUGGACAUGUGGCAAAAGCUUUUGACUUGGCUGAUCUUUAAUUACUGGGGGAGGGAACCUGGGUAUGAUGAAACGGUGAUGAGAGAAAAGGGUCACAAAGGUGAGGUGAAGCCUAUCAGUCCAUGAAAUGUCCAUGCCUCAGGAAAUAAGGAAAUUCUCUAAGGGUCGGAGUUGGAGGAUUAGGGCAGCAGGCCAGGUUUGGAGUUAUUUCUGGGGACCACUGAGGACGUUUUGUUGUUCAGUAUAAAUUUCCAGGGCAAUUAUUGCACCCAAGCAAGGUAAGAAAAUGACAUGUGUCUUGUUAUUUCCUUACUAGGUUUAAAAAAGAAUUAAAUUGCAGUCAAGUGUUUCCUUAUGAGUUAAUAGAUCUUUUUCUAGUUUUAUACCUGAAAUUUCCUUAAAUGGAGAGGACCGGCAGGAUAUACUCUUCCUAGGUUUGGCCAGAAGCAAAGGGGGCUAGUAAUUAGGGUACCUGUAAUAGAAGACAGGAAAGGUGACUGAAAUUCUGUUACACACAAUCUUCAGGAAAAUCCCUUCUAUUGUUCUCUGUUUGCAUGUAGGAAAUCAAGUGUGGGGCUUGAUCUCAGCAGAGACAAAGGAUGGCCCUUUCUCCCCGUCUUUUAGGAUGACUAACCAGAACAAUUGAGGGUUGGAUAGCUGAGGGUGAAGGUUAGCAUUUGAAUUGGUAAGGUGGCUUUAUACAAAGAGCUCACAUAAAUCACUCUGAUCAAUAACCCUAAAAAUCUUUUUUUUCCAGGACUGGCCUCCUUGAUCUCUCUCCUCAUGGCAGUGACCCAUCUCAAGCCCCCUGGACAGUCGGGUACAAGAGACCAAG